AUGAAUAGAGCUCUGAUUCAGCUGGAGAAAACUCUAGAUGGGAGACUAAAUAAAAUUGGUCAAACUGGGUUGAAGUGUUUGCAGAAGUUUGCAGUGGAUGUGACUCUGGAUCCUGAUACAGCGCAUCCAAAACUCAUCCUGUCUGAUGAUGGAAAACAAGUCAGUCAUGGAGACAUAAAGCAGGACAUCCCAGAAAACCCAAAAAGAUUUGAUAAAACUCUUUCUGUUCUGGCAAAGCAGGGAUUCAGUUCUGGCAGAUUUUACUAUGAGGUGCAGGUGAAGUGAAAGACUGGGUGGAGUUUAGGAGUGGCCAGAGAAUCUAUUAACAGGAAGGAGAAAAACAAACUGACUCCUGAGAAUAGAUACUGGACUGUGGUUCUGAGGAAUAUGAAUCAGUAUAAAGCUUGUGAAAGUCCAUCUGUCUCUUUAUCUCUGAAAGUGAAACCAGAGAUUGUGGGAGUGUUUGUGGAUUAUGAGGAGGGUCUGAUCUCUUUUUAUGAUGUAGGCUCCAGAUCUAAUAUCUACUCUUUCACUGGAGACAAACUCUAUCCAUACUUUAGUCCAGGCCUUAAUGAAGGAGGUAAAAACUCAAAACCACUGAUCAUCACACCUGUUAACAAAUAAAUUGCUCUGAAAUAUGAAACAAAAUGUGAAAAGAUUAAAGGCCCAAUAAGUAAGAUUUUUUUAUUAAAAUAUCCAAAAACCACUAGAACAGUGUUAUAUAUUUUGCUGACUUGUGUACUU